AUGGCCUUUUUGCACUUGGUUAAUUGUGUAAUCCUGACCUUUGCACCAAUAUUCCUGAUCUUCAACACCACCUCUCUUCACGAGCAUGGCUUCAAGAUUUGCAUAUCAGGUGUAAUUGGUUAUAUAAUCUCUGCCGCGAUCAAAUUACUGGUAUACGCAACCUUUGUCCCAGCUUAUGAAACAUGGACUCUCUAUGCAGAAGUAAUAAAAGAAGCUAUCGGAGUAAUCGAUGUCUACAUUCUUAUCUGGGUACUUGACUGGAAAUUAUCAAAAGUUGGCGACUCAAGGUCAAGAAUCCUUGGAAUCGGCUUAGGCUGGGCUUUAGGGGAAAUGAUUUUAUCACAUUUGCUUAUAUUCUUAUUUAAUGCAGGUGGGGGAGAAUUCACAUGGGAAUACUUACAAAGAGCUAUUCAUGCCAACUGUGAAAUCGCUCAGCUAAUUUCUUUUGUUUGCAUAGUCGGGGCUUUUAAACUUUUUAGCGCAUCUUUGAAGAUCCCAUCAUUUGUGCUGCUAGGCGUUAAAAUUGUGGGGUUCCCGAUAAUAAAAGGCUUACUUUUACAGAAGGGGCUAUUAGCUGAGUGGUCAUCACUAGCAUUUGAAGGAGUGUAUUCAGGUGUCCUAGCACUCGCCACAAAAGUAUUGAUCGAUAUAGCGUUAGUAAUUUAA